CGAGGUCGACCACGUGGUUUUCAGCUCUGCAUGUGCAAUUUGCGUGAGAGAUAGAUCGAGCUUAACUAUAUGUCAAGUCAUGUAGGUCACGACCGUCUGACGCUACAUGCAAAAUUCUAAUGACAAGGCGAAGUGAUUAUAGGUCAGUUGCACCUGUCUUGAAUUUGAAAGUGGGACGUGUAUUACCAGGCUUUGGGGGAUCAAGACGCGGAACACUUGACAGGUGCUGACAGCAAACGCCAUAUAGUGAUCUACUGACGGAUUAAUCUGUUCAUAUCUACAGCAACUAUGAAUACGGUAUCCAGGCUAGUUCGUGCGAUGCUGCCCUCGGCUAAGGCACGCUUGUACAGUUCCACAUCGACUAUGGACAUCAGCGGAAUUUUCCCACCUAUCCCAACCCCUUUCAACGCAGACGAGACAAUCGCAUGGGAUAAACUUAAAUCGAAUAUCGAGAAAUGGAACAAGAUUCCCCUGCGUGGGUAUGUCGUUCAAGGAUCUACCGGGGAGUAUACAUUUCUCACCCCCGAGGAGAGACUUGAGAUGGUAAGACGCGUGAAAGACAUGGCUGGUCCGGGGAAAAUGGUGAUAGCUGGUUCAGGCUGCGAGUCGACGCGUGACACGGUCAAUAUGACCCGGGAAAUGUCGUCUGCUGGAGCAGAGGCUGUUUUAGUCGUGACACCGUCCUACUACAAAGGCCGAAUGACCUCGAACGCUUUCAUCCAACACUACACUCGCGUAGCAGACGACAGUCCCGUUCCGGUGAUUCUGUACAGCGUUCCUGCAAAUACGGGCUUCGAUCUACCCUUUGAUGCCAUUAUCAAGCUAGCCAAACAUCCAAAUGUCAUUGGCAUGAAAGACAGUGGGGGUGACGUCGCAAGAAUUGGCAAUUUGGUGUACAAGACUGCCGAGGAUGAGUUUCAGGUUAUGUCUGGGUCUGCAGGUUUUCUGUACCCUGCUUUUUCAGUAGGGAGUGUCGGAGGUGUGUGUGCCCUGGCUAACGUACUGGGUGGCGAAUUGUGUCAACUUGAGCGGCUUUUCAAGGAAGGGAAGGCGAACGAAGCGAAGCAACUCCAGCACAGGCUGAUAGAGGUCAAUGCCGCUAUAACGAAGGUGUACGGUAUAGCGGGGUUGAAGAAAUCCAUGGAAUGGUUCGGGUUUUAUGGUGGGCCUACACGAUCCCCUCUUCAGCCGUUAACACAGUCCGAAGAAAAGGCCAUGAGAGACACUUUCGCUAGUGCUGGCUUUUUGUGAGGGUCGAACUUCACGUUUGUAACUUAAUCAGAAGGCUUAUGUUGUGUUGACUGGUCUAUUAAUCAAGUGAACUUUAACCAUGAACCUGAAGAUAUAUUUGUUUAUAGAUUACAAAUGCUUUCUAUCUU